AUGGUCUCCGAGAAGAUCUACGACCUGUGCCGCCCUGUUCUCGACAAUGACGAUCUGGAGGAAGAGGCGAAGACGGAUGCGCUCGAGGAUCUGCUGAGCAGCGAGCCCACAUCGCUCAAAGGCCGAGCUCUCGAAGAUGCGGUCCUGGGCGUUAUGUGGCAGUGGAAGACCGCAAGUGACAACAAGAAAUCGCCACCGCCAGCACGAGCAGCGAACAUUGUGCGCUCGCGAUCGCCAGCACCGUGGAUUCAGCGCGCAGCAACGCCCACCCCCGGCACAAGCUCACCUCGAGCCUCCACGGCCACACCCUCUGUGCCGCCUGGCUUCGGUCUAACACCGCCAGCACUCGCCAGGACAAAGUCUCAGACUGUCGGAUCGCCUUUCUCCUCGCCGAAACCCUCACCGCGACUUCCUUUGGCGACACCCGUCAUACCCCACAGCCCGCGACUGAGUGCCUACCAAUUCAGCGACUCGUCUCCCAACACAGAGAAUUAUGGCGACUAUGGCAGCGACACCGUAGACUGGCUGGUCAACGACGAUGCGAGUAGCAACACCAGCUUUGGUGACUCGGGCUUUGCCAACUCUUCCGAGUUCAUGACGCCCUACACGGCGCAGAUGAGUACCUACGAUAUGCUACGAUCAAUUCUGCAGGACAACAAGAGCGAUCAAGAGCUAGAACAGAUCUUGGAAGUGAAUGGAUACGAUCUUAGCCACACCGUCAACUCGCUGAUGGGGGCGCAAGGCAUGAGCCCCGAUGCUAUGGCUGCAGCGAUACAGGAGCAGCAGGAGCAAGCGCGCACCUUUCUGAUAGGCAAGAGCAUGUCUCCGUCAUCGCGACCAGUCACGCCAGCUGGACAGCAGAAAUCGCCGACCGUCUGUCGCUACUGGCUAGCAAGUGGACAGUGCGCUCGCGCAGACUGUCGCUUUGCGCACGAGGUCCAGAACCACAUCUGCAAGUACUGGCUUCAAGGCAACUGUCUUGCAGGCACAAGCUGCCUCUUUUCACAUGAUCCUUCCAUAAUGUUGCAGCAGAUGAACCUCAGCCAGAGCGGCGCGGCCACUCCGCAGCACUUUGCACCCAACUUUCAGCUCCAAGACUACGACAGCUUUCCGGCGCUUCAGCCGACGACUAGUAAUCCGUAUGAAGACAGCGAAAGUGUAGAUCCGAGUACCCUAGAUGCAGCGCUACAACAGCAGCAGCAGACAUUCGCUCAAGUUCCGCCUGGACUGUUCCCUUCAUUUGUUCCUACAGGACCGAGGCAUGGCAGCCGACCCAGUUCACGGCCUACAAGCAGACACACCUCUCGCGCAGUGACACCAAGCCAGCAGGUCAACUUUCAGGACGACGAGGCAUUUCCAUCUCUUGGCUCCGCAGCUAACAAGCCAGUCGGCACACGCCAUCACGGCAAGAGAGGUGGACAUGGUCACCACAAUCACGGGCCGCCCGUUCAACAGCCAGGCAGCCUCGCUGAUGUGGUCCGCAUGUCACCCUCUCCUGGUCCGGUGAACGCCCGUGAUGCGAUGCGACGAGGUUUGAGGAACAAUCGUUCUUUCACAUCCACCCGCGAGAACUCGGCGGCAGCCAUGGCUAUCCCCGCACCACGUGAGAUCCCAUGGCUCGAGACUGGCGACAAGGUCAACAACUCUUACAUGAAAGCUCGGCAGGAGGCAUUCAAGCAUGGCGGACUUCGCAACAAGUUCCUCCAAUCCGCUGCUCAGGCAUGGAAUCGUAACGAUGCUCGUGGAGCGAAAGCACUCUCUUUACGCGGUCAGAAUGAGAAUGCCCUAAUGCGCGAAAAGCACCGCGAGGCAGCUCGUGCGCUGUACGAGGAGCGAAACAAGAACCUGGCUGCUGGUACUGGCAGCAAGGAGCUUUACGUUGAUCUCCACGGACUCCACCCAGAUGAAGCCGUUCAGUACCUAUCUGACUGCCUAAGAGAGCAGAAGUCUAGCUCGCGACCGGUCUACGCCAUUUGUGGUACUGGUCACCACUCGAAGAACGGUAAGGACAAGGUCGGCAAAGCUAUCCGCCAAUUCUUGAACGAGUGGCGAUAUGCGUUCCGGGAGUUCUCAGUACCAGGGGAUCGCAAUAAUGUUGGCGGAAUCCUAGGUAUAGAUCCCACAUCCUUCGACAAGGACACCGCAACGAGAAAGGCAGAGGAUAGCGCUGUUGCAUUGGAGGAGACAGCCAACAAGGACACCAAGGUAGUCACGGCCACGGAAGAUCCACGCAAGGCGCCGCCACAACGUCUCGCGAAUGUUGAGUUCAGUGAUGAAGACGGUAGUUAA